AUGGACAAGUAUAAACGUGUUGAGAAAUCUCGCCGCGAGGAACAGACGAUGGAGGUGGAUCCUAACGAGAUCCGCAUUACGCAACAAGGAAAAGUUCGCAGUUACAUCUCUUACGCCAACGGGCUCUUCGCCGAGAAAAAUGAGCGUCGAGUGGUUCUGAAGGCCAUGGGCAAUGCAAUUAGUAAAGCUGUGACAGUGGCGGAAAUUUUAAAGCAUCGCGUGGCUAAUCUACACCAAGUGACUCGCAUCUCAUCUAUCGAGACAGUUGACGUUUAUGAGCCACUGGAGGAGGGAUUAGAUCGCAUUGAGACUACGCGGCACAUCCCUGGUAUUUCAAUUCAGCUCUCGUUGGACCAAUUGGAGCAAAAUGAUCCGGGAUAUCAAAGCCCCAUUCCGCUGGACCAGGUGACGGCGGGUUUCCCAACUUACCAUGAAGGACGCGAGUAUAGAAAGUCACGGGGUCAUAGCAGGCGCUCGGGACGCAAUGGGAUAGAUGCUGCUGCAAAUGCUCAGAAAACUAUUGAAGAGACGGAUGAAGUAGAAGCUGGCCAGCAGACACCUGGUGAAGAUGAAGCAUCAAGUACAAAUGCACCUACAGCCCGUGGAAAGCGCGGUAAAGGACGGGGUCGAGGACGCAACGGCAAAUCACAUGGGCGAACAUCUGUUGAGGUGAAUGACAAUAAUCCUAAAAAUGCAGUCGAGCAGCAAGUAGAAAGCGAAGCUGCAAAUGCGGCAACCAAUCGAAAGGUCAAACGUGGAAGAAAAGGUCGAAAGACGAUAGUUAAUGGAAUUGAAGAAAAAGAGACAGAAAUUGAUGAAUUGACUGAGAAAAACGUUUCGAGCAAUGGACGCGAUAAUAAUGCCGCAUCUUCGACGUCUGCUGAUAAGGAAGACGAUCAAGUUACUGAGGCGUGA